AUGGGCCUUUCCUCUUUGCUAACUUUGGCAGCGCUUGUGUGCAUGCUCUGCAUGCGCGCUGCCAGCGCAUCGAAGCAUACAUACCUGGGCGGUGAUGAGGUCAAAGUCUUUGUUAGCAAAAUGCACCCGCACGGCAACACACACGAGACUUACUCCUACGCAUUUGUGCCAGGGUGCCCUUUACAGGAAGAGACGUCACUCACUCUUGGCGAGCUUCUUGCGGGUGAAAGCAUCUUCACUUUAGCCACGGAUAUUCGAUUCAACCACAACACUAGCAAUAGGUUUUUGUGCAAACGCAAAUUCAAUGCCUAUGAAGCAAAUAUGUUGGCGUAUGCAAUCGAACACGACUAUCGUUACGACCUCACUAUCGAUGAGCUACCAGUGUGGGGUGCGAUCGGCAACAAAAUCGAUGACAAUCACCUUUCGAUUUUCCUUCACCAGACAUUUUACAUCGGUGUGAACGGAAAUGAAAUUGUGAACGUCACGUUGGAGACGAGCUCACCAGCGAAACUCGAAAUCAAUACUGAUUACGCCUUUAAGUAUUCAGUAGUUUUCGAGCCAUCGAGCGUGGAGUACGCCAAUCGAUUUUCGACCGUAUUCGAAACGCGCUACGUCGGCUCCCGAACGCGGCUCGCCUCUCUUAUCAACGCGAGCUUGAUUGUGUUGUUACUUCUUUCUCUCAUCGCACUCAUUCUUUCCCGAACGCUGCGCAGCGAGCACGCGAAAAUGGAAAGGGAGGCGCAGUUUCGUUUCGAAGAGCAGGACAUCAUCGACGAGUCAGGGUGGAGGUGCCUGUACGCGGAUGUGUUUCGGGUGCCGCGACAUACUGGCAUAUUUUGUGCCAUCCUUGGGUGCGGCACGCAGCUUCUGUUGCUGACAGUCUUCGCCAUUUUUCUGUCCGUCGUGAGCAAUCAUCGUAUCUCGAUGAGCCACAACUUGGUGACCUUUUCUGUAUUUGGGUAUGCCUGCACUAGUGGCAUUGCCGGCUAUGUUUCCGGCUAUCAGUUCAUGGGGUGUGGCUUCCUGGCACCGCCCAUGGCGUCGAAGUGGAUUCGCGCAUUUCAUGUCACAUUCUUCUUGGUGCCGGUGAUUUACGUCACGGCUUUUUUUCCCACCUGGUUCAUUGCAAUGAUAUAUGGGACUACGAAUUUUCCAUACUUUGCAGGAGUCAUUGUUGUUCUGUUUGUGUGGGUUUUCAUUGCAUAUCCGCUGUGCCUCGCCGGUGUUCUGUGCAGCCGUUACGUAUUUCGGCGAACGGAGCGGAGAAGAAAUAUCCCGCACGUCAAUCAAAUUCCACGCCUCAUUCCGCAGCCACCGCGGAAAUUGCUAGCACCUUGCUACCUCUUGUUGGUGAGUGGCAUCCUUCCUUUCAUAGUUGUCUUCGUAGAAUUCAACUUUGUUUUCACUUCCAUCUGGUCACUCAGGCCUUUUCACUUGUACGGAUUUCUCACUAUUACAGCAAUUUUUUACAUUGUCGUAACCGCGUGCGUGUCGGUUGUUGCGACUUUUGUACUGCUGUCGACAGAGAACCAUUACUGGAAAUGGAUGUCCAUCGGCUUUGGGGCAUCCUGCGCGGCUUACACUUUUGGCUAUGCGGUCUUCUUUUAUCUUUUCAAAUCCUCGAUGCAUGGUCUGUUCAUGUUUCUGCUCUACUACGCGUAUUGCUUUGUGAUUAUGAUGUUUUUAGCUCUCAUCGGUGGAACGGUGAGCUAUUUCGCUGCCUCUUACUUUGUGAAGGCGAUUUAUGCGCAAGCGAAGAAUGACUGA